GUCAGAACCGACCUGUUGUCUUGCAUGUGAGCGCUGUUUAUAUGAAAGUGUGAAAAAUGUCUAACACAAAAGUCAAGCAGAAGAGAGCGGCUCUGAAAGUGUCCAAAAUUUCCAAAACACUGAAUGUGUCAUCCGUAUUAUUCCCUGCAAAUCAAAGCAUCACAAAGAGCAGCAGCACUUUAUUCAGCCGAAGGAGCUUCAGUUCAACAGAAGAUGCUAAACCUUUGGAUAAGAGCUCUGUCCAAACCCCAAAACACACUGUGCGUGAUGAAAAGGGACAGGACGUCACACCUCAGCCAUUGUAUCAGGGCGAUCCUGCGGUUUCACAACCUAAACAAGGCAAACUAUUCACUACGCAUGACACAUCAUGGGGUACUACGACAGAUUUUCUCUCUGUGGCUUUUCAAACUAAUGCCAGCUUUGGUGCACCAUUUACAAGGUCUUUUUUUGGGAGCAUUUCAGCAUCCAGAACGAGCCAGUCGACUGCAGAAUCGGUGAACAAUGAAACUGAGGAUGUCUCGAAACAUGACCUGUCCAAUAGUUCCUCGGAUGUUCAAGGUCGUAAAGAAGAUGUGAUGGAGCAGGUCGGGGAGGUCCUGAUGGACAAUGGGGUGGAUUGUUACCUCACUGAGACGGAGACCAUGUGGCUGUUAGACAUUCCUGCAGUAUCUGUGUCAUCAGAUUCGAAGAACGCUGAGGCGGUCAAGGAAAGAAACAAAGCAUACAUAGAAUUGUGUAAACAUAGACAGGGCAAUGAUAAAUACGUGGAGCGGUCAAUGCAGACGUUCAAUGGUGCGGCAAAGACAAAGGAGGUCCAAAGUGAGACGGUUACCAUGGUAGACAAAGCUGUCAUGUCCACCAUCUGGGACAUGUAUGAUUCAUUCUGCAGUGGAAGUGGAGAGGUCAAAGAAGACACUGCGAUACCUUUUGAACGACACAAGGCUGUUGUCCCAGAUGUGUCCUCUGUGAGUCUCCAAACCCACCCUAAAGACUCCAGCAAUAGUGUGUCUAUGAUCAGUACAGGCAGUGACUUGAGCUCUCAAAUUGAACUGGAAGGCUCUGUGUCCCUGGGGAAGGAAGAGCCAGACCCUGAGCUGAUCUUACAAUCUGAUAAAUUCAAGCAUGAUCUGGCUGUGAUGGAGAGGGUGGUUCUGGAGAAUAUCUUCCAGCCUAAGCUUGCUGCAUACAGACAGCUGCCGGUCUUAGAGGAUCCAGACUAUGUGCGGACAGAAAUGGAGGUAGAAGAGGUGAGUUGGACAGAACAGCCCCCGGGUCCAUUCUUGGAGCACCUGUGGGCCUUCAGGUGUGACCUCACCAUGGGCCGAAAUGUCAGCAGUAUGGCCUGGAACAAGAGAAACCCAGAUCUUCUUGCUGUGGGAUAUGGACAGUUUGAUUUCAAAGAUCAGAACUCUGGACUUGUGUGCUGCUGGUCUUUAAAGAACCCCACGUGGCCCGAGCGGAUCUUUCAUUGUGACAGUGGAGUAACUGCUCUGGAUUUCUCAUCUUAUAAUGCCAGUCAGCUGGCUGUGGGAAUGUAUGAUGGCAGCGUUUCCAUCUAUAACGUACAGAGCACAGAGGAAACGGCCAUUAUUGACAGAAGUGACUCGGCCAACAUGCACAGGGGUCCAGUGUGGCAGCUCAGAUGGAUUGAUCAUGAGAAAGGACGGUCUAGUGAGGAUAAAGAAGAGACGCUGAUUUCUGUGUCAGCUGAUGGACGAAUCAGCAAGUGGUUCCUCCACAAAGGCAUGAAACGCACCGACCUGAUGAAACUGAGAAGAACCAAAGACAGAAGCGAGAAAAGCACGAAAGUGAAUACGCCUAAAAACCGGUGUGAAGUAUUGAUCUCACGUUUGGCUUCAGGCCCGUGUUUUGAUUUCCAUCCCAAGGAUUCAAAUAUUUACCUGGCUGGAACAGAGGAAGGUGAAAUUCACAAGUGCUCUUAUUCCUAUAGUGAGCAAUUCUUGGAUACAUAUCAAGCCCACAAAGGGUCUGUCUAUAAGAUAACAUGGUCACCGUUCAGUCCAGAUGUUUUCCUAAGCUGUUCCUCAGACUGGACCAUUCAGCUGUGGAAGCAGGAUCUGUGCACACCUGUCUUAAGUUUUACCUCCAGUCAGAAGGCCUUGUAUGAUGCUGUGUGGUCCCCGCACUGUGCCACUGUGUUUGGAUCAGUCAGUGAGAGCCGGGUGGAGAUCUGGGACCUGAGAGUCAGCAUUCUGGACCCGAUCAUUGUAAGCAUGAGCAGUCCAGGAGUGAAUCCGUCCACUCUGCUGUUCACCCCUGAGACAGACUGUGUUCUGGUUGGGGACAGUGAGGGACAGGUCAGUGUGUACAAACUGAAGAACUUCACUGCAGCAGACAGCACACAGGUAGAUGCAUUGGAGGACAUAAUUCAGUCCACACUAGCCAGUCACCUCUGAAUAUCAUAUGCAUUCUUGUCUGUUGUCUUUUUUGUAACUUUCAUUUUUUCUUUGUCUAUACCUCCUAUUCUAUUCAACUGUCUUAGUCUGUGUAUUUAGCCUUUCAUGUUUUUUUUCUCUAGAUUAUAAAAUUUCUUUUGGUACCCAUAUAACAUGGACAGUUGAAUCGAUUGAUUUGAUCCUCAUUA